AUGAGCUCCAACAUAUUGGCCACAUUCCUUCCAGCCACAAUCGCACAUUCUUUACAAGCCCCUCUCAACUCCGCUAGUGCUUCGCUCUUCCUGUAAGACUCCUUAGUCCAUGCGAGGCCUCGUUGCUGAUCACCCAUAGCAAACAGCAGCUCUCCGAUAUAUGCCAUGGUAACAGCCUCGGCACAAGGGUCCGAUAUCUCCUUCGAAGACUCGGAUGCUGCCGGUUUUUCCACCGGCGAGGCAGCACGACGCGCUUGCAAUAUAGUGGUCAGCAACUCUAGGGCAAGGUGUUGGCGGUCGUUACGCGCGUGUAAUAUAGAGAGCUCAGUGAUUGCUUUUAGCAGCAACGGCGUAUUCUCCUGUGAAGCCGGGUCAGGAAGCAGGGGUAACCCGUUCGAGGUUCGGUUCACGCCAUCGGAGUCUGCGGGGCUGACACUUGCGAAGGAGACGGCAUCCAUUAAUGCUGCCUGGGCGCCAGGCAGAUCGUUCUUGAACUCGCAGAUCUUGGAGACCCGUAAUGCUGCAGUGACUCUUUCUUCUCGCCAUAAUGAUUCUUCGGAUUCGUUCUCUCGGGGUAACUGUAGUAUUUGUUGG